AAGGGCGGGCCUCCCGCAUUUUGAAAGAUCCGCGCGCACUUCCAGAGCUACGGUUCUCCCGCCGACUGGGAUGUCGGUGUUGCGGCCGCUGGACAAGCAGCCUGGCCUGAACACGGCCACCAUCCUGCUGGUGGGCACGGAAGAUGCUUUUUUGCAGCAGCUGGCCGAUGCGAUGCUCAAGGAGGACUGCGCCUCGGAGCUGAGGGUCCACCUGGCAAGGUCCCUCCCUCUGCCCUCCAGUGUGGAUCGGCCCCGAAUUGACUUGAUCGUGUUUGUGGUCAACCUUCAUAGCAAAUACAGCCUCCGGAACGUGGAGGAAUCCCUGCAUCAUGUGGACGCCACCUUCUUCCUGGGGAAGGCAGCCUUCCUUGCCUCCGGCGCUGGGCGAGAGAGUCACUGCAGUGUCCACCGAAACACGAUCGUGAAGCUGGCCCACACCUACCGAAGUCCUCUGUUCUUCUGUGACCUGGAGCCACAGGCUCCUCAAGGGCUGGACCUGACCUCCUCCCACCUACUGACCAGGAGAGGACCCCACAGAUGUGUGUGCGGUGGUAGCAGUGGUGAGAGCUCAGGACCGGGGGGCUGCCUAGCUCACCCCUGAUCCUUCCGACCCUGCUUUCCUCUUUGUAAAGUGAUAUUCACGAUGCCACUUCCCCUACAGGGUUGAGGCAAGCACUGUGGAUUCAUGCAGGGCACAGGGCCGGGCAGGUGACUAGUUGGUACUGGCCACUGCCGUUUUCCUGGUUGCUGUGCUGUUCCCUGGGCCUCAUCUGCUCCUCCCUAGACAUCCUGGGGGAGUCACUCUCCCCUCCAUCCCUGUGUUCCAAGGUCUCAGCAAGCCUUCCCGGCCCCCCCCACCAGGCCCUCCCUGCCACCCUUCCCUCCUGAAAUUGUCUCCCCAGCACUUCCCAGCCCCUUACCUACUGUACGGUUUCACCAUUUAGGUUUUGUCCCGGUUGGCUCCCCAGAACGUAGAACAGUGCCUGGUACAUAGUGAAUCUCAGUAAAUAUUUGGUGAACGAAUGGAGGUGUCUGCUCACGGAGUCGGCCUGUGCAUCAUUCAUUCGGGACCAAAAACCUGAAGGAGGUCCAGAGCCAGCGGCCCUUGUCCCCACCUGGUGCCUUGAAUGAGGCCUGAGGGAAGGCAGCCGCUGGGGAGGCUCCCGGCUCUCUCACCUCCCCACCCCUGCCUUACAGCAGCCUUCCGCCUUCCACCUGCUGGCCUGGAGCCCAGAGACCGGGACUCUACUUCCUGUGGCUGAGAUGCUAAUGAGCUGGGGUCUCCAUUCUGAACUCACGUUGAGGGCCGGGUCCUCUAUCUCCGGGCUGUGCUGAGAACGGGCUGCCCUGGCCUGCAACCCCGAGGAGCGUUAGACUGCGCGUGUGCGCAUGCACGUGUGCAUGUAUGGAGGUGGGGAUGAGGGCUGGAGGACAGGCAGCUUGGGCCUGUGAAAAUCUGGGCAAGGAUUUUGUAACUGCUUCAUGGAAGGGCGUAGCUGCCCUUGCACAGCUUGGAGUCAGGGGGAGAAGGGCCGGGGACUCUCCAGCCCCACAAGGACUUUGUAUCCGUCCCCUGCCUCUCCCACCCUUUGUCCUAGUGUCCAGGGGCCCAAAGCCACAUUCUUCCCGCUGUCCCCAGAGAGAGGGACUUUUGGCAGUGUCCUGUUUGUCAGAGCUAAACACACGAGAAAGGCAAAGGGAGUCUCUACCCUGGGGACCCUGGCCGCUCCUGCUCCUGUGACGAAAUCGAAGGGGAGAGCCCACAGGGCCCAGGAGGGCAGGGAAGCCAACAGAACAGCUCACACUUCGGACCCCUGUAUGAAUCACAAUACCUGCUCUUCUGCAGGAACUUACGUGAGAAUUUAAAGGCGCGAGGCAGGAUAGGAGGAAAAAGUCCACGGGCUCCCUCUGGGGACAGCAGGGAAAGGCCCCUUCUUACUCACAGAUUUCUGUCUUGUUUGAGGGUUUUUUCAUGAGAACGUGUUCGGGUAUUACAGAAUUACAAUAAAAGCAAUUUUUACGUCAGGAGCGCAUGCA